AUGAUUGCCCCUCACCACACCGGUCUGUGGAGACGAGAUUUGGAAAAAGAGGUCAUCUCCAGCAGAAAUAUCAGCAUAGACACCCUGCAGAGAUGUGGAUGGUUACUGACAAUGGAGAAGAGCAACCUGACGCCGACUCAAGAGAUUGUAUCAAGAGAUUGUGUACUUGGGAGCGGCAUUCAAUACAAAUCUAGCCUCGGUUCAACUGUCCAAGGACAGAGUUCUCAAAUGAAACAGAAGGUGGGCACAAUGCAAACAAGCAAGCAUGUCACAGCCGAGUGGUUCAUGGGCCUGUUGGGUUCCAUGUCAUCAACCAUAGGCCUUACUCGCAUGUGGAUGCUGUUUUCCACAUGGGCAAUAGACCACGGCAUUGUCCUUUCUCAAAUCUCAUCUGAGGCGAUCCUGGGGUUCCUCCACACAGGUCUGGACAAAAGGAUGAGCCUUAGUUCCCUCAAGGUACAGGUGUCGGCUACAUCAGCCAUCACUGGGAUCAGGUGGACUCAGAAUCAGAGCGUUUCCAAGUCCCUGAAGGCAACGAUAGAAGCGAACUGGAGGUGUGGCAGGCAUAAUCUUCAGAGAAUACAGUGUCGUUCUGAAAACAGUAAAGGAGUAUAUUGUCUUCAGUAUGAUGAUGAGAAGAUAAUUAGUGGCCUCAGAGAUAACUCUAUAAAGAUAUGGGAUAAAACCACCUUGGAAUGUCUAAAAAUUCUAACAGGCCACACUGGAUCAGUCCUCUGUUUACAGUAUGAUGAGCGAGUCAUAGUUACAGGCUCUUCAGACUCCACUGUAAGAGUUUGGGAUGUGAAUAGUGGGGAAGUGCUCAACACUCUGAUUCAUCAUAAUGAAGCAGUACUUCAUCUUCGGUUUUGCAAUGGUUUAAUGGUAACCUGUUCAAAGGAUCGGUCAAUUGCUGUAUGGGAUAUGGCCUCUCCAACAGACAUUACACUACGGCGUGUCCUGGUUGGUCAUCGUGCAGCUGUAAAUGUAGUUGACUUUGAUGACAAAUACAUUGUUUCCGCAUCUGGCGAUAGGACAAUUAAGGUGUGGAGCACGAGUACUUGUGAAUUUGUUCGUACACUAAAUGGGCACAAACGUGGCAUUGCUUGUCUACAGUAUCGAGAUCGUCUAGUUGUAAGUGGAUCAUCAGACAAUACCAUCAGAUUAUGGGACAUAGAAUGUGGAGCAUGUUUACGGGUGUUAGAAGGUCAUGAAGAGCUUGUCCGGUGCAUUCGAUUUGACAACAAAAGAAUAGUCAGUGGAGCAUAUGAUGGGAAAAUAAAGGUCUGGGACCUGCAAGCUGCCUUGGAUCCCCGGGCUCCAGCAAGUACCUUAUGUUUGCGUACUUUAGUGGAACAUUCUGGACGUGUGUUUCGCCUUCAGUUUGAUGAAUUUCAAAUUAUUAGCAGCUCCCACGAUGAUACUAUUUUGAUCUGGGAUUUUUUAAACGUUCCGUCAAAUGCUCCAAAUGAAACUCGUUCUCCGUCUCGGACAUAUACAUACAUCUCCAGAUAGCAUCAUGUACAUUUCUGUUCUUACCAGGGAUUAGCUAUUCUGAACUACUGUACUGGAUAUGUGGAUAUGGCUAGAAGCUCAUGUACAAGUAAUUAUCGGAAAUAAUGGUGCCGCACUGAAGAAAAAGUGAAUCUUCAACCAACCUUUAAAUCUUGUCCCAUGUACUUCCAGCUAUUAGAAUUUACCACACCUUAAUAUACAGAACUUGAUGAAUUGUGGAUUUUGUAACAGCAUUUGAAAACCCAGAGGUGAACCUGUAAAUUUUAAGAAGUGAUAAUUCGCUGAAAGAAGUUCUGGAAUGAUGCAACCUCAUUUGUUUUGCACUUAGUGACUUUCAUGAAGAAUGUUUUCCAAUAGUGUGGGUGCCAAACAUAUCCAAAAUGUACUACGUGUUUGCUUUUUUUUUCUAAACCUAAACACAGCAUUUUUUUCUGUUCCGCAUGUAUGUGGUAACUAAUUAAAAUAUAUGCCAAUUAUUGCUCUUUUUGGAAUACAUUUAGUCUUGUACACAUAUACCAUUGUGUUAAUUGGUUGACGGCUAUUUUGUUUUUGUAGCAGCUGUGUAAUUUUUUUAAGAGUUCUAGUUAGUGUUUUGUCCUAAUUGUAAACAAAAAAGUGUGUAAUAUGCACAAAACCCACUAGUUUGUCCCACUAGGAGAUUGUUACAAAAAAUAGGAGUUCAGUAAAUUGAAAAUAACCUAAAAGGGAUCUGUCACUGAAACAUUAAACUGAAAGAAGAGCCAAUCAUUCAUUAUUUAUGGUCUGUUACAGCAGUUAUGUAUUUUGUUGUUACCAUUCUUAUGAACGCAUAGAAAUUCUGAGCUGUUG